AUGCCCGUGGGAGUGAUGGGCGCAUCGGUGGACGUCCCAGAGCGACCGCUUCUCAGGUCCCACAAGGCGCUCCCGCGGAGGGGCAUCGUGGUUCCUCAGAUCGACCUGGCCCAACCGGCCUCCCCAGAGUCAAAUGGCACAGUCACUGCGGCGCCGGUUCCUCCGUUGACUCCGCCCGGCGCAAACCAGGAAGAGAGCAUGGGAGAGGAACAGACGCCACGGAAGAUCAACUCAUCGCAUUCUGAGAACCAGUCCACAGGCAUCCUCACGCCGCGCCGGCCCUCCAAGCCUCCUACCCCCGACGUGACACCGCCGCGUACAACUUCUAUCAAGCGACCGAACCUCAAUCAUAGCGUGCACUUGUCGUCAUCGUCGCGCGCCGAAUCCUUCCAGACUGCCUGCGAGAGCAUCUCGUCCGAUGGAGAUAUGGAAACGCCUGUUCGAUCCAGAUCCCAGUCUGCGUCGCAGAAGGCCAAGAAAGGAGUGCCUUCGACCAACAGACAGAAUGCGCGGAAUGGUGUCAGUGCAAAACUGACGUAUACCAAAGUGACGCCACCCUCUGCUUCGCAGCCGCUUAGCGAGACGGAAUAUGAAACUGGGUUUGAGUCGUUCGACGGAGAGUGGACGUCCAACAAGGCCGAUACGUCUCCAACACCACUGGUGGUCGAUAAACGCAAGCCUUCAAAGUCCCGGAGUGUAUCAAACCACAAACCCACAAAGGCCGAUACAGACACGCUGGACGUGCUGCAUCUCGAUGAGUCUUUAAUGAGGGAAAAGAAUCUGCGCGACAGGGUUCAGAAAACGCAUCAAGUGGCUGAGAGUCCGUCGAUGGAACGAUUCCGCGAAGAUAUUGGUUGGCCCUCUUAUGAUGAACCCUCCCAUGUUGAAGAAACGGAGUCGCGCCGUUUAUCGGGAGUUUCUUCCACGUCCACAGUCGAGGCGAUGAUCAUCGAUUCUCCGAAAAGAGCCCACCGAUCGUUGCGACACACCGAGAAGAGAAGCUCUCUCCGUUCUGCAAGUUCUCCUAUCACUAGAUCAGAGCGUGCAUCCACAGUCUCAAAUCCCGAUUCGCAACAUCGUCUUGUUCACAAGGCCGCCCGCAUCUCGGAGCAGGAUCGCCGGAGCAUUUCAUCCGACGUCUCAUUCUCCACCAAGACGACCACCAGUGCACCUCCUAUCCCAGCUGAUAUCAUUCCCGUAGUGGUCAUCCCCGAGAGACGCUCUUCGCUCAAGUCUGGACCCAACAGCCACGUUUCGUCUAAACCUGGCUCCCAGCGAUCCAGUCAACGACCUCCACCGGUAUCAUCAGAUGGCUCGGUGAAUGUCCCGCGACAGCGGCCGCGGACCAUGUCUGAUUCCGUAUCUGCAAAGUCCCGAGACAUGGACUCGAGAGGACGUAUCGUUGGUCGACCCGUCAUCCCCCCGCGGAGCUCUUCGCUCUCGGCGCCGACAAGUCGUAACAACUCUCGCGCCACGUCGCUCACUUCGGAAAGCCUGCGGAGUCAUACUUUGGCCAUGGAUUUAGAGAUGCAAAAGCGCCGUGAUCAGCAGCCCGUUUCGCCGCCCCGCCAUAAUAUUCUGGGCCCCAAUGGCUAUGGCAAGAGUUUGUUGGAGCCUCCCAAUCUACCAGGAAUCAUGGUUAGCUCAACGGACGAUAUGGCCACCCUACGACCGCCGUCGUUACCGUACACACAAUGGUCGAUUCCAUCAUCUUCGCCGGGUCCCAUUGAAAUCCGAGAAGCCACCGCGGUUAGCCUUUUCGCGCACAACAAUCGGUCACUGCUGUUAGUUGAUCAACGGGUGCCGCAAGACCAACGCGGGUUUGCAAUGUUGGACCGAGGGUUGCCCUCUCGUGAGCCCAACCCUCAGACCCCAGACAACCCUAUUCCAACAAGAGAGAUAUUCGUGGAAUCCCCAUUGAAGAACCCUCGUCCACCACCCGAACCCCCGGUCUCCAAACCUCUCCCACCGCUCCCGACACAUGACAUGACGGCGGAUGAUACCAAAGACGGCCCCGGAGGCCUUGUUCGUCGGUGGAGUUCUGUUCGACGCACAUUGAGUACACGCCCUCGGUCGGAUUCAUUCAAUACCAUCACUCGAUCUCUCUCCAUGCGAUCGGCCAAGAACCGCAAAGCAGGAAUAGAAAUGGACAGUCGUCUGCACCCCUUCUGGCGCCCACGAGGAUUCUGGGACGACGUCCCCGGAUCCCCCAAGAAAGAGAAAUCCGCCAUUCAAACUACCGCAGAGCCAGGCUUCGUCAGCAACUCACUGGGCCUCCCACAACAACGGCUCAUCUUCGAGGGUCCUCCUGCCCUGAAUCGCCGCAGCCCCGAAAUGAGGAGCUUCUUCAGUGGACUCUCUUCCUCCACACGGUACCACGCCAGCCGUGGCAGUCUCGUCGACAACGGUGGUAUUUUGCGUACUGGAUCGCCGCUAUAUCAGAAUCGUUACCGCGCCUUGUCUCGUUGGGGCAUGCGCUGGCGAUCAUUGUCGCUUCGUAACGUGCGCGCUCGGAUUCGAAGAGUCCGUCAGCGUCGUGACGAGCGGAAACGAGCUGCACGUCGGGAAACGCUGAAGCAGAGUAUCGGCGGCCCCGUGUAUGUGGUGUCUAGCGCGACCAAUGGGGUCGUGCGGUGA